UUACAUUCCCGUCGCUCUGCAACAUCACUGAAUUUUCUCGCCAUCUGCGAGCUGAACGAGCUGCGACUAAUCAAAUGCACACAUACUCUGCACCCGACAUAGCGAAAUUCUAUGUGUGCAAUACCUAGCCGACACCCUGCUAUCACCGCACACCCUCGCUCGACUGCGGGAUAGGCUGCCCCAUGGAGAGGCAGAGAAAACGGGAGCUCCGCGAGCUCAACUUCCGGGCAUGGGCUGGCCACCAAGAUGUCUUCCCGGUCCAAAGCUCCCUCGAUUCAUCCAUGAAGAAGAACACUGCAUUCAUCAAAAGACUUAGAACGGCUAUUACCGCCUCUUCGCAGUCCCAAUUCGUCCACGACAUUCGUACUCUCUCCCUCCACAAAUACCUCUCUGAGAUAAUUUCAGCUUGCUAUGAAGGCCUAUGCAAGCUCAAGUCACCCGGCGAAAUCGCAGCUGGUGUCGAGAUCGUCAGUGCUCUUCACCAAAGAUUUGGGCCAGGCGAGUUCACCAGUUACAUUGCGUGGUACAUUGGCCGAGGCUUGAGUACGCCAGACAAGUCACAUCUGAAGACACUAGCCCAGGAUGUUCGCGAGAGGGAAGAGAAGGAGCGUCUCGCGCGCCAGCGAGUGCUCCUGCGAGUAACGACCGAGCUUUGGCUCGUGGCAGUAUUGAGGAGCUUAGACGACGUCUCUCGACCGGAAGAAGCUGCGGUCAAGGGCAAAGAUGCCGCGAAACUCGGCGAAAGCUCAGGAAGAGCUAAAGUGACCGCUAAUGGCAACCGGGCGGACAAUGCUGAUGCGGAGCCCUUUCCAUUGGAAGUCUUGAAGGACAUGCUUGGACAUGAUAGGGAGCACAUCAACUUACCACUGGUCGUUAUAUUCGUCAAAGCCUUUGCUUGGGAUAUCCUAGGAGCUAAGACAUCUUCUGCAGAGGGCCGCAAGACUGUGACUGAGGACGGGGCUACGACUGCGGACAAGAAUGAGGACAAUUCUGCCAGCGAUGAAGACGAUACUGGGGCCGAAGACCCACCAAUCACCUCACCAGAGCUACGACAGCGAUUCAAGAACAUUCUAACUCGAUACUUUGAAGAUGUGAAGGCGCAUCUGUUGCGUGACCAAAAGCAGCUAGUCAAUCAGGGACGCAAGAAUGCAGAAGCUUACGUCAAGUCAGGUGAGGUGUUUGAGGAUCGCCAGGCCAAUUACGAGAAGCAGGUGAAGGCGCAAGAGAGACUUGCUACCAACGCCCAGAUUUUGGCUGAUGCUAUUGGCGCGGAGAUGCCCGAUUUGAAGGAGAAGGACAGCUCAGCAAACGCAGGGGAUGGGGUCAUCGGGCUCGUCAAAACUAAAGACUAUCUGCGUGGUCAAGGGGAUGGACCUGGAAUCUGGGAAGAUGAGGAGGAGCGUAGAUUUUACGAAAAUAUGAUUGACCUAAAGGAUCGUGUCCCGGGGAUUCUGCUGGAGGAGCCAAAAAAGAAGAAGGCUGAUAAUGAUGAACAAGUCGGCAAGAAGGUCGAGACCAAACUUGAAGCAGAGAGCAAGGAGAAAUGGGAGCCUUCAGCUGAGACACAAGCUACGGAAGCUGAUGACCAGUCAACUGCAAUAGCAAACAAGUCCGUUGGUGCCCAGGUUGACGCCAUCCUUGCCCGUCUGCCAGAAUUGAAUACCAAGGAUAUGGUUGACCAGGCUGCCAUCGACUUCUGCUUCUUGAACUCGAAGGCUUCGCGCAACCGCCUUAUCAAAGCUGUUCAGGAUAUACCUAAGGGCCGCUCUGACUUGCUGCCACUCUAUUCAAGGCUGAUCGCAACCCUCGGGAAGUACAUGCCCGAUGUAUCUCAAGGUCUUGUGUCCUACCUCGAUGAUGAAUUCCGCAGCCUUCAGCGCCGCAAAUCGAAGGAUUUCCUUGGACAGGUCCGCACGCAGAAUGUUCGCUAUCUUGCAGAGCUCACCAAGUUCGGAGUUGUGCCCGAGCAUGUCAUAUUCCACUGCUUGAAAGUUAGUCUCGAUGACUUCUCUAGGAUGAAUAUUGAAAUCACCUGUAACCUGCUCGAGAAUUGCGGUCGAUAUUUGCUUCGUAACCCAGACACCUCUCCGCGAAUGGCCUCCUUCCUCGAGACCCUCCAGCGCAAAAAGGCGGCCCAAGUUCUCGGGCAGCAGGAACGCAUGUUGAUUGAGAAUGCCAUCUACUACGUCAAUCCACCUGAGCGUGCGGCUAUUGAGCAAAAAGAGAGGACUCCAAUCGAACUGUUUCUCCGCAAGCUUAUCUACACAGAUUUGACCAAACGUACCUUGGACCAAAUCGUCAAGCAGAUUCGCAAGCUUCACUGGGAAGAGGACGAUAUUGUAAAACUCCUUCACAAGGUCUUCGCGAAACCCGGGAAAAUCAAGUACAGCAAUAUCCAUCUCUUAGCGGUCAUCCUAGGCUCUCUUCAUCGCUAUCAUCAGGACUUUACUAUUUCGGUGAUUGAUGAUGUUAUCGAGUCGAUAACAUUUGGACUCGAGCUGAACGAUUUUAAGUUCAAUCAACGCCGGAUUGCGGAGGUGAAGUACCUGGGCGAACUGUAUAUCUACCGAAUGGUAGACUCACCCUUGAUCUUUGAUACCCUCUAUAAGCUUCUCAACUAUGGAUACGAAGGUGGCUAUGCUCGCCCUGGACUCGUCAACCCAUUAGAUUUGCCAGACGAUUAUUUCCGCAUUCGUUUGGUCUGUAACCUAUUGGAAACCUGCGGCAUGUACUAUGACAAGGGUGCUGCGAAGAAGAAGCUUGAUUUCUUCCUAACCUACUUCCAAUACUACAUCUGCACCAAAGACCCUCUUCCGAUGGACGUCGAAUUCAUCGUGCAAGAUGCUUACAUGCUCACUCGGCCUCAAUGGAAGCUGAUCACCAACCUAGAGGAAGCUUCUCGCUCGUUUGCCGAAGCCGUUAAACAAAAUUAUCAAACAUCAACGAUCGACAAGCCGGUUGAGGCGGAUGAAGACGAAUCUGCUUCUGACGACAAUGACGAUGGUCCAGAUGAUGAAGAUGUGGCUGUGCCGGAUGGUGAAGAUGAUAAGUCUUCUGGCGAAGAAGGAGAGUGGUUGACAAAGAAGCAGGCUUCGGAAGAUGAUGAACCUAUCGAACGUGUACUAGAUGACGACGAGGAGGAGCAAAUUGUCGUUACCCGACAAGAAGAUGAACGUGACCCCGAAGCUGAGGCUGAUUUUGAUCGCGAGCUUGCGAAAAUGAUGUCCGAGAGUCUAGACUCUCGGAAAUUUGAGCGCAAACCGGUUUUCGACGUUCCCCUGCCUAUGCGUCGCGGACGUGACGCAGCUGCCACUGCAGAAGACAGCGGAGGAGAAGCACCGGCUCCUUCUCACGCUCCUCCGGUGCAAACCAUGAAGUUCUCCCUGCUCAGCAAGCGUGGAAACAAGCAGCAGACUCGUGCUAUUGAUCUACCAUCCGAUUCUAACUUCGCCCUGGCGAUGCGUAGCAAGCAACAGGCCGAAAGAGAGGAACAGCAGCGGAUUAAGAACCUCGUCUUGAACUACGAUCUUCGAGACGACAACGACACAGACGGUGAUUCUCCGUUUCAUUUCUCACUUCAACCUAAUUUUAAUCGGAAGCGUACUGAGACUGGACAAGGGCUCGACAAAACACAUAAUCCGUACGCACAACCGCGUCUUGACAAGGCAGGUAAUAAUCGCAGCAAUCAACGGGCUAGGAAACUGCAGCUCAGUGACGUCAACUGGUACGACAAAACUUCUCCUUCACAAUCUCGCUCUCAGUCUCAGUCAACUUCCACAAUCACGUCGCCCGAAACAGAUCCAACGGUAUCUGAUAGGCGGAAUUCCUUCUUUUCUACCCGAUCUCGCGGGCCUCAGCGCAAGCUACAUGAUCGCUCGAAGGAAAACGCUCCUCGUGGGAGAGGAUUCCAGCGCUCUUACACACCUGUUGGCUAACCACGAUGCCGUUACUUUUCUAGGACUUGAUCUGAUCCUCAACGAUGCUAUAGCUAGCAUCUGUAUUACCGGUUGGCUACUGUACUAUACCGUAUGCACUACCCGCUGCUCUGCCG